AUGAGGGGAGAGAUAAGUGGUCUUAAGACUUUGAUUAUGAAAGACAGCUCAUCGGCAUAUUACAUUCAUUGCUUUGCUCAUCAAUUGCAAUUAACACUUGUAGCUAUGUCUAAAAAGCAUUUGGAUGUCGAAGACUUCUUUUGUCAUGUUACUAAUGUGUUAAAUGUCAUUGGGGUAUCUUUUAAGCGCAGAGAUUUGCUUUGCCAUCUUCAAGCUGAAAAACUAGAGCAAUUACUUGAGUCCGGUGAAAUUCAUACCGGGCGAGGACUAAAUCAAGAACGCGGGCUUCAAAGAUCAGGUAAUACUCGUUGGGGAUCACAUUUCAAAACAUUAGAUAACUUUAUUGUUAUUUUCUCAUCUAUUAUUCGUGUGCUUGAAGUGAUUGAACAUGAAGGUUCUACCUCAAAUGAGAGAAAUCAAGAAAAAUAUCUUUUGAGUGAGAUAAUAACAUUCAAAUUUAUUUUUAUGCUUCACUUGAUGUUGAAAGUUUUGGCAAUGUCAAAUGAGUUGAACAAGAUCCUACAAAAGAGAGAUCAAGAUAUUGUUAAUGUCGUGGAGUUUUUUAUUAUUACAAAGAAAAGAUUGCAAGAUAUGAGAGAAACUGGAUGA